AUGGCACGUCCAUCAAUUAAUCACCCGGAAACAUGGCGUCUCUUCGCUGAUCUGGACCUUGAGUUUCUUGAGGCAAGUGUAUUCACCCCCUACGAAGAACAUGAAUUAACGACUGCAGGCGAUGGGAGCAAGACCCGAGCUCUUCUGUAUCAAUUGACUAGUUUCGCAGCCGAGCUACGACCUCUUGUCGCUGUGAUACAUGGUGGUGGGUUUCGCGUGGGGAGCGCCGAACUGGAAUCCAGAACUUGCAUCGGUGCAAUAAUGGCAUUCGGCUGUGUCUCGGUCAGCCUGGAACACCGUCUCUCACUCAAGUUCAAGUUUCCAAUUGUCUAUGAGGACUGCUGGGAUGCGCUCUUGUGGAUCACGAAAAACGCCGGUGCUCUUGGAGCAGACCUAACAAAGGGGUUUGUGUUUGGCGGGACAUCCUCGGGUGCCCACAUCGCGAAUCCCCUUGUCCAUCGUGCCCGUGACGAGUGCCUGUAUCCCCCGAUUACCGGGGUCCACCUCAAUGUUGCUCCAACCUUAGCGCCCCAGGCCUUAACGGACGCGUAUCGAGACCUGUACAAAAGCAGGGAGGAUCUAAAGGACGGUUACACGCUGACCUCCAAAAGCAUAACGCUCUACGACGAAGAGCUCCAACCCGACUUUCAAUACCCGCUGUGGAGUCCUCUUCUUUGGCCGACUGGACACGAUAAUUUACCUCCGACCUUUUUUCAGGUAUGCGGUGCCGAUCUUCUCAGAGACGAUGCGUUGAUUUACGAAAGAGAAUUGCGCCUCAAACACGAUGUAAAGACCAAGAUCGUUGUCUAUCAAGGCCUGCCCCAUGUCUUCUGGUAUACGCAUCCAUCACUCCGUGCAAGCGAGCAAUUUGCCCAGGACACCGUCUCUGGCUUGGGCUGGCUGCUUGGUGUUAGCGCUGCUCCUCACUCUGCAUAA